AUGACGACCGCCGUUCUUGGCGCGGGAGGUGGGAAAUAUCCAACGCAUAGGUGGAACAUGGGCCGCGUGAGGGCUCUUUUAGACGGAAGGGAUCAUGGGUGGAUUAGGAAGAGUAUGCUUGUCACUGCCUGGCAGAGUGCUGGGCCGGGGUUAGAUGAGGUCCACGCUCAGAAAGAGAAUGCGAUUGUAGCGGGUAUUGUUCAGCAGACAACCCGCAAGUCUGGGGUAGAAGAAAAUGAUUUGAUCUGA